GUGUUAUACCUGUCUGUGAGUCUCUGAGAACAUUAUAAUGCCAUUUUGUGCAUAUUCUCACACAAGGAAUUCUCUCCAUUGUUAACCUAUUCAAGACAUGGACAUCAAAAAUUCACCAUCUAGCCUUAACUCUGCUUCCUCCUACAACUGCAGCCAACCCAUCCUACCCCGGGAGCAUGGCCCCAUAUAUAUACCCUCCUCCUAUGUGGACAGCUGCCAUGAAUACUCGGCCAUGACAUUCUAUAGUCCUGCUGUGAUGAAUUACAAUAUUCCCAACAGUGUCAGUAACUCAGAAGGUGGGCCUGGUCGGCAGACCACAAGCCCAAAUAUGUUGUGGCCAACUCCUGGACACCUCUCUCCUUUAGCAAUCCAUUGCCAAUCAUCACAUCUGUUUCCAGAACCUCAGAAGAGUCCUUGGUGUGAAGCAAGAUCACUAGAACACCCGUUACCCGUAAACAGAGAGACACUGAAAAGGAAGGUCAGUGGGAGCAAUUGCACCAGCCCUGUUAACAGCCCAAGUUCCAAGCGGGAUGCCCACUUCUGUGCAGUCUGCAGCGAUUACGCGUCGGGGUACCACUACGGAGUCUGGUCGUGUGAAGGAUGUAAGGCCUUUUUUAAAAGAAGCAUUCAAGGACAUAAUGAUUAUAUUUGUCCAGCUACAAAUCAGUGUACAAUAGAUAAGAACCGGCGGAAAAGCUGCCAGGCCUGCCGACUUCGGAAGUGCUACGAAGUAGGGAUGGUGAAGUGUGGCUCCCGGAGAGAAAGAUGCGGGUACCGCGUAGUGCCGAGACAGCGGUGUUCUGAUGAGCACCUGCGUUGCCCGAGCAAGGCCAGGAAGGGCGGCGGCCCGGCGCCCCGCGUGCGGGACCUGCUGCUGAGCGCCCUGAGCCCGGAGCAGCUGGUGCUGGCGCUGCUGGAGGCCGAGCCGCCCCGCGUGCUGGUGAGUGGCCCCGGCGGGCCCUUCACCCAGGAGUCCCUGAUGCUGUCCCUGACCAAGCUGGCCGACAAGGAGCUGGUACACAUGAUCGGCUGGGCCAAGAAAAUUCCGGGCUUUGUGGAGCUCAGCCUGCUGGACCAAGUGCGGCUCUUGGAGAACUGCUGGUUGGAGGUGUUAAUGGUGGGGCUGAUGUGGCGCUCCAUCGACCACCCCGGCAAGCUCAUCUUUGCUCCAGACCUUGUUCUGGACAGGGAUGAGGGGAAAUGCGUAGAAGGAAUUCUGGAAAUCUUUGACAUGCUCCUGGCAACGACUUCAAGGUUUCGCGAGUUAAAACUCCAACACAAGGAGUAUCUCUGUGUCAAGGCCAUAAUCCUCCUCAACUCCAGUAUGUCCCCUCUGGCUGUGGUGGCCCAGGAGGCUGAGAGCAGCAGGAAGGUGAUCCACUUGCUGAACGCGGUGACUGACGCGCUGGUCUGGGUAAUCGCCAGGAGUGGCCUCUCCUCCCAGCAGCAGUCAGCUCGCCUGGCUAAUCUCCUAAUGCUCUUGUCACACGUCAGGCACACCAGUAACAAGGGCAUGGAACAUCUGCUGAGCAUGAAGUACAAGAAUGUGGUCCCGGUGUAUGACCUACUGCUGGAGAUGCUGAAUGCCCACACACUUCGUGGGUACAAGUCCUCAGUCACAGGGGCUGAGUGCAGCCUGGCAGAGGACAAUGAGGACAAAGAGGGCUCCCAGAACCUACAGGCUCAGUGACACCCGGCCCUGCGGUGACUAGCCCCCCAGAGGAAGUUGAAGGCUGAAGAAGCAUGAACACCAGCAUGGCACGAUCCUGGGAUUGUCACCUUCCUACCGUGUGAUUUGCCCCUUAUUUGG